AUGGGCCUCUAUCAGGCAAUGCAAAUUUUGGGUUUCAAAACAUAUCAUUUUUAUGAAUGUAUCGUUAAUCAUGGCUUGCCUCACAUGGAAGUCUUGCAAGAAGCCGUGACCGCUCAAUGCAAUGAUCUUUCUGGCAUUAAGAAGUAUACCAAGGCCGACUAUGAGAAAUGGCUAGGAGAAUAUGAGUGUCUUGUCGAGGUUCCCAGUCACGUCGGAACCGAUAUACUCGAGGCUUAUGCCGACGAUCCCAAUGUGAAGUUCAUCCUCACAGAGCGAGACCCGGAUAAAUGGGUCACCUCGGUGAACAAUACAGCAGGGGCCCUGAUUGAUAUGCCAUACAUGUUUCCAUUCGUGAUCCUCAAGUAUUUCGAUGCAACAUUGUACCGGUUCCUGCACUUGAACGAGACUGUUUAUCGUGCUAUGUCCAAAUGCACCAAGCCUGGCAGUGCAGAUAAUGCCCAGGCCCUUCGGAAGCAGUAUACGGAUUACAUCAAAAGGGCAAAAGAGAUCAUCCCUGCCGACCGGCUGUGCCUUAUCAAGCUCGAAGGCGGGCUUGAUUGGGAGAACAUCUGCCCAUUCCUAGAGUUGCCCAUUCCUACCCAGGCCUACCCCGAUCGCAACGAGCCAGAGAGGUUCCAGAAGCUGGUUCAAGGCUUCCUUCAGCCUAAAAUUAAUGCCGCUAUUAUGAGAUUGAGCGUUGUUGCUCUUCCAGUAGUCGGUGUCGCUGGAUGGGCGGCUAUGAAAUAUGGACCAUCUGCAAUUGCGGCGCUCACAAAAGGUCGUUAA